CGCCAACGCUACUGUCCCUCUGUUGAGUUUACAUUCAAAAAAUGAUGUCGUCGUCUUGCUUCUUGCCCAAUGUGCACACAAAGCUUGCCUCGUCGACGACCCAGAAGUCCGCAAAGGAAGAGCCGCCACCUCGUGUAGGUAUUCUUCGAUGCCGUGGGGGUGCUCCUAGCAAGGACAAAGCUUCAUCUGGGAACAACAAAGGGGAAACGAGCAAUUAUUCUGACUACAAGAACAUCGACCUCAUCGAUUACGAAGCUCAUCAGCUCGAAAGUGUGGUCCGUUUUGGCUCUCUGGACACUGCAGCCCAAGGUGGCAAGAAUGUCGCAAUUGUCGUGUUUGUGGACAAUGAAUCGAACUUGGAUGAGCAGAGCUUGGACUUGGACCGAUUACUGGAGUCAGUACACCUAAAGCUCCGCAAACUUGUGCAGAGAGCAGGAACGAAUGCGGAAUUUGCUGUAUCCUGUGUGGAGUUUCACCAAGGAGGUGAGAUUAGAGAUCUACUUGGUCCUCCUGGUCCUGGUCGUCACGCUCAGCAUGGAGGUGCAGAGCAAAAAGACGACUCCUCGCUCCUCUCCCUGUCAAAGAACUCCUUUUUACACUUCUCUCCUGGCCUAUCAGAAGUAGUCUACGACACCUUUCCGCAACUAUCGUCGCUAGUCAGGAGUGCCUUAGGGAAAGUGUUUCUUUCCACUCAGUCGGUGGAAGACACGCGGAGCGACAGUCAUACAGUAGUGACUUGGUAUGUGCGGGAAGGAGGUACGGGUGGGACUGGAAGUGGAAAUGGGGGGUUCGGUAGAAGUUCUACUUUCCUUCCUUCGAGUUCGACUGCCACCAACUACAAUAGUCUCGGAGGAGGUAAGGUCUCCAUGGCUGUUCAGCUGGCCAUAGUCGAUGAACGCGCUUUUUUGAGAAGAAUUGCUACUACAACGAGAACUUGUGGAGGAUCUGGUGGUGGCACUGGUAGUUCAACAUCUUCCUCUUCAUCAAGUACUACAACAACGCCUGGCACUCCCGACUGGUGGCUGCACGCCACCGAUAUUUGGAAUGACGUCUUUAUGCCUCUGUACUUGGACACAGGCCGUUUUCGUACAACCUUUUUGCUGCAGGAGGGUUUGCAGCAGAAUCUAGUGCCAGUUUUGAAUGCGCUUGCAAGUGAACAUCGGACUGUGAUAGUUCCACAGUCAGCGGCUUUGGAACCGAGUACGAGGAAUACUAGGCUGACGAAGAAGGCGACCGGAACCGGAGGUGGAAGCGGAUUUCAGAGUACAGCUGCUACCAAUAGUAGUGGAGGAACAAGCAGUGCAACCAAUGAAACCUCGCAGUUCUACCUCAUAGGCAGACACGUAUCGCCCUUACUGGAUAGCAAGUGGUGUGCGAAAAUAGUGGCGCCUAGGAGUACAACCGACACGACAACUUCAUCUUCCUCGAUAAUAUCAGAUACAAUCUUUGAAAAAGAAGCAAGCUCCUGGUCUUGUGGUGAUACGCUGUUUGAGCAGACAUUUGGUUGUGUUAUUGUUUGUCUCGAGGAUCCGGUGAAUGUGAAUCAAGGACUCGUAGUUGAACCAGCAACAGGUACCUCCACGGCCAAGACUGUUGAUACGAAACCAAAAGAUAACUCACCCAAUAGUACCAAGAACAAGACAGAGCGACUUCCGAUUCUCGUUCGACGUAGGUCCUCUUCAAGCAGUGAAGGGGAGACUAGUACGAUAUCAACAUCUUCUACUCCUGCCAUUGGCGGGACGCCUAGACCCCACAAGCCUAGACCCCACCUCAUCCGCAUCAACGGAACCUUGUUAGCUGAGGGUCUGGAGACUUGCCAACUUUCACCUGGAGACGUUGUGCUUUUCGGGGAUGUGGGACCAUGCUUCCAAGUUGCCGACCACAAAGGGUAUCUUGAGAUGACGAGUGGGGGUGGGGGACUAGGUGGUGGUGGUACGAACAACUACAACGUGAAUGCUGCAACUACAACUUCAUUUGCAGCUGCAGGGGCGGCCACAGGUACUAGUUCAUCGUCUUCCUCCUUUACACCGUACAAAGAUCCUUACUAUGAAACGCAUAUGAAUGUCGUCUCACCGUCGAGAAUGAGACAUCAGACACCUCCUCCUAGAAUUAGUGGAGCAGGAGAUUUGCUACCUCCUGCAGUGGCUACUAGUUGUACUACAAUAGCUUCCUCGUAUGGACAUGGUGCUGGAGGUGGAGCGGGACCAUCCUCGUCUUCUACGCAAAGACGACAGUUUCUACAGAGGGCUUUCGGUGUAACCACGGAUUGGUUGGCAUUAGAAGCGAAUUUGUUGCUGAGAAAGAUCAUGACCACCAGUAACCUCCCUAGGCCACCCGCAGUAGUUGUAGAACUGCGAUCUGUAAAAGUGGUGUUUCAAGAACCUGCCGGAGUUGAGUCAGGUUUAGCAUCGCCAGAGCGACUCUACUACAUAAGCCAACAUCAACAUCUUCAGAAUCACAGGUCUACAUCUUCUUCUUCUCCUGUCUACUUCGGUCGGGACUUCGUGCGCAGUACUCUUUUGCCCAAUUUGAGACGGACAGUGGAACUAGCAAAUGGAAGCGGGAACGAGUGGUCCGGAUCUAAGGAUUCCCUCAUCGAGCCCUGGCGUGACGGCUUACGCCCUCUAUGGUCAUCCGAGGAGAUCGAAUUGUUUCUUUCUGGUUGUCUCCUAGCACAAGAACACGAUCACGAAGUAGAUGCAUCAGCUAGUGGCGCAGGUGGUGGCAGUGCUGGGGCAACAACAGCAGUGCUGGGGUCUGAGUCCGCAGCAGCUUGGGCUCUGCAAGCUAGAAAGGCUCCUUUUGUCGAUCAGAAUCCUUUGCAGGAGAAUUUGUUAGAUCAAGGUCGCACUUUUGCUCGAACUAGAAUUCUUGCUGGAACAAGUGGCGCAACGUCUGCAUCUGAUGAUGUAACAGGAGCGUCAUCUUCGAAAGACAUUGGUAAGAAGGAUAUCGCUACAACGUCGAAGACCCGCAGCAGAACAAGAACGACAGUUGUCCCGCAUCUCGCUGGAGAGUUGUCUCCACGUCGAAGAAGUCCAUUGAAGAAAGAGACAGCACAAGAUAGUGGAACAAGCAGUGGCACCGGAACGAACAAGAAACAAACGUCUACUCAAGGUCAAGCUACGUCUAUUGAAAGCAUAAGUGGUCUGCAGACAUUGAUCUCAAACAAGGCGCGACAAGAGAAGAACUUCGAUGAGGCGUUAGCAUUGCAGAUGCAGCAAAUCAGUAGGAUGAAAGAAAAAUUGGAUCAGUCCAGAGGAAAAGGUAGUAGACCUUCGUUCGUCUAGAAAAGAGUCUGUCGUGAUGAAGCAGGGACAUCAGUGAUCUUGACAUAAUAGAUUCAGAUAUCGAUCAGGAUCACAUUCAACCCCGAGCUCUUGUCUAUGUCUUGUUUUUCUAGCACAUCGGAAUGCACUAAAAACAAAGAUUCAGAAUCAGAAAGGAUAUUGAGCAAGUCUCCUUGACUCCUGAUAU